AGUGCAGGUAAAGGUGCCUAUUCUGACAGUGAGCCAUGCAGACGGGCUCUGCAGCGGCGGCAGACAUGUAAGGCGGGAAAAAGAUCAAAGGCGGGCCGCAGGAGAAUGUGUCAUCCUCGCCAUCAUGUUCCCGGGAGUUUUCUAUGCACUGCUGGCGGGCUUCCUCGGAGCCGUGGCGUCGUCGUCGGCUAAGCUGUCCCUCGGAGCGGACUACCUGAAGGGGGUCUGUGAGAGCGGGCUCCGGACGUGGGGGGAGCAGCGGAAAUUCAGGCACGCGGAUGAAACCAGCGCGUGUGAUCGGCUCCACAUCCCCCUGAGGCUGCUGUGUGGUGGGCUGCUGUUCACCUGCAACGCCGUGAUGUGGACCUUCCUCGCCAAAGCGCUCAGGUACUCCUCCUCCUCCACCCGAACCACUGUGACCACCACUGCCUCCAACUUCAUAUCUUCCGCUUUCCUGGGCCAGCUGAUCUUCGGAGAAGCCCAGAUAAAGCUGUGGUGGGUCGGCAUCUCUCUGACCUUCUCUGGUUUGUUGGUCCUGCAGAGGGUUUCUCCUCAGGACGGACGGCGGGCCGCGGUCCACGCCAAGGACGAAUAACCCUCCGCCACAGGCUGUCAGCUCCUCUGAUUUCAGGCAGAACCAAAGACAUCCAAAAUGAAAACAUUAUUCAUCUUUUAUUCUGAAUAGCAAAAAAAAGAAUCUGCUGAAAAUGUCUUCCAGAAAGAAGAACGGUUCCGUUUUCAAAUCAGACGAAGUUUUCAGCCUGUCCUGUUAAAGCACAGUCCUGAGCCGGGUUCAGCCGCCAGCAUCGCAAAGAAGCAAAAAUAUCUGCAGAUUUACGUCACAAACGGCACAAAAACUCAUCGACUGAAACAAAGAUGUAGGCAGGAAUAAGGUAAUAGAAGGAAAUGCAGAAAAAAAUAAAACUUUCUGCACAUUUUAUAUCUGUCAGCAGGAGGUUAAAGUCCCACUCUGAUCAUCUUUUCACCCACUUUGAUUGAUUGAUCUGGUUUAUUUCAAGCAUAAAUUAUGCACAAUUAAAAAAAUAUUUCACACAGAUUUUUCAAACUCAUUACAGAAAUAAUGAGAUGCAUGUUUAGAAAAAGAAAGACUCAAUUAUGUCACAUUUGAUGAAUUAAAUACAUUACCUGAAGUUAAGUUUAGUAGUUUGAUUGCUUGAAAAAGAAACGUAUAGAGUCCCAUUCCUACUUUCAAAACCGUUCUCAGCCAAAAUUAACAAAUUAUGUUGUUUUCUAGGACAUAGUUUCUGCAGAGCGGCAGGGGUCCAUUAGAAAUUUCCCCUCAUUACUGAGAGCUCUCUGUUUACACUCCUGCUAGCUUACAGGUUCCAAUCU